UGGGCUUUGAUGUCAUCUCCGCUUUGGUGACUGGACGAGGAGUUGGGCUGGGGGUAUAUAUUGAUCGCGAGAGCCGAGUUGAUAAACAGUUAGCACAAGCACUUGUUGGAAACGCUAGUGGGUCUCGACAAAUAGUCAGAAGAAAGGAAGUUUGCAAAGACUUUUACACAGAAAUGGGUUCACAUCACUCGUUAAAUCGUAAAGAAAGUAUCAAGGAUUAUGGAAUAGUGCAAGGCACUCAUAAGGACAAGUUGUUAAACAAUAAUGAUACACAACAUGUUCUUCCUAUUACGGGUAUUAUUGGAAAGGAGAAUGUAAUAUUAUCGCAUCAAGACGUGAAUUUGGCAACUGCUUAUCUUCACAAAUACGCUCACGUUAGCAAGCGAAGAAUGAAAACGAUGUUAAAACCAAUCGCCUCGAAGACUGUGAACAACACAAGCGAGGCUAGAGUUUUAAAACCCGCCCAAACGAACUCGACUCUUGUACCUGUUAUAAACUGCACGCCAAACACAAACAACACAAUCAAUCGUGAUGCAAAGUCAGAGUUGACCUCGUCGCAUUUUACAAUGAAAUGUCUUGCAACAUUCGUGUGCGCGCGUUAUAUACGCGCAUUGCCACAUUUGUCGAUCAUCGAUGUUAUAACUUGGAUGAACAAUGUAGACCGCGCUCUUACUCUUUCUGGAUGGCAAGAUCACGCUUUUUUAACUACGCCUAAUGUCACAUUUAUUUUCACUUGCAAAGAUUCUUUACCAAGACGUAUACAGUCUAUUAAUCAAUUGAAAGCCGAACUUUUGACAAUUUUGUACAUGGCGUUCACCUACGGAGGUCCUGAAAUAAGUUAUCCUCUGAAACCAUUUCUUUGCAAUAAAGCAGGGAGAGCAGAGUUUUGGAGUCGUUGUGUAUCUAUCACGAACAAUCUUAGUCAAAGCAUGUUGAAAAUACACAAAGACACACAUUUUUACGAAGAAAUUCAAUUGGAGCUUGCUACAUAUGGUUGUUUUUUACGAAAGACGAGAAGAAUCUGAGCAGAUAUGAAUUAUACAUAAUUAGACAAACGAGACUCUUUAUCGUCAAAUAUUGUAUUUCCACUUGUGAUGGCCAUGAAGAAAUGUCACGCGAAAUCUUCGUCAAAUCUUUGGUCUGAGUGGGUAGUUCAGACUCAGUGGUUUGUCUCCUGAACUAUGUCAACAAAUAAUUCACUCGAAGCCCAACCAAACAUGCCUUUUCAAGAUUAGCAUUCAUUCUAGAAAUAUAAAACGUGCGACAGAAGUAAGAACAGAAUGCGUUAUAUUUAAAGAGAAAAAUACAAACAUUUUUAUGAUUCUCCUCAUGUGUAAAUAUGUAUUAUUGAAAAUAGUUAUGUAAUAGUACUACGACCUAUUUUUAAUGUAAAUAGUCAUUAUAUGCGAGAUUUAUUUAUCGAAAUUGUAUAUUUCAAUAGCCGGGAGCCGUGACCUGGGAUAAACAUCACGCGGCAAUCUAAAAGUUAAUAAAUUUUUUCAAUACUCUCCAAA